CGGGUUCGCGCUGGGCGGUGGGGGGUGCUCGGGCGACGAAAGUAUAAAUAUCGGGCAGGUGGCCCUCUCCGUCACUCUUCAUCGCACGAUUUUGCAUCUCCCCGCCUCUCCCUCGCCUUUCUUCUCUAUCCAAUAUGUCUGAGUGGUUCUCUGGUACUUACUACGAGGUCGGCCAGGUCGUCACCUUCAACGGUAGCUCUUACCGCGUCCUCCAGGCCCACACCUCCCAGUCUGACUGGUCCCCCGAGGUUGCCCACUCGCUCUUCGAGCGCACUGGCCACCACCACCAUCAGCAGCAGCAGCAGCAGCAGCAGCAGCAGCAGCAGGGUGGCUACCAGGCCUACGACCAGGCCCAGCCCGCCCAGAGCACCCAGCAAAACUGGCUCGACCCCCGCGGCUGGUCCAAGCAGAACCAGAUCAUCGGUGGCGUCGCCGCCGGUGCUGCCGUCCUGGGUCUCGCCGCCUUUGGUGUCCACGAGUACCGCCAGCACCAGCACUACGUCGAGCAGCACGGUGCUCAGGAGUCCUGGAACUCUGGCAACUGGACCGAGGAGGCCCGCAACCGCCGCCGCGAGGUCGAGGCCGCCUCCAACCGUGGUGAGGGCCCCGCUGCCUACUGGAUCCUCCGUGAGGCCUCUGAGCCCAUCCCCUCCAACGCUAUCCCCGGUGGCUCUGCCGAUGGCGAGCGCCUGUACAUCAUCCGUGCCUACCACGAGGGCGGUGUCCACAUUGGCCACCUCACCAGCAGCGGCAACGCCUUCAUCUCCUACGCCGGCCGUGCUAUCUCCGUCAGCCAGUACGAGGUCCUCGUUGGCGAUGAGAGCCACAUCCGCUGGAUCGAUUUCACCGGUGCCCUUGCCCCCACUGCCGAGCACACCCCCGUCCUCGGUGGCCACGAGCAGGACGGCAAGCCCCUCUUUGUCACCCAGGCCUUCCACGAGAACAACAUCUACCCUGGCAAGACUGGCCCCCAUCUCCAGGGUGCCUCCAUUGCCUUCCGCAGCUCUGAGGUUGUUGUCAAGCAGUACCGCUACCUCGCUCUUGCUUAAGCAAGCCUAUGUUCAUAAUCGUCCUUUGCUGUCCAUAUUUUGAGAUGUAAAAUCAUGCCUAUAUCAAUAUAUGAAACGUAGCGUUUCAUUUGCACAUUUA